UAGAGACAUAUUUUGGUAUUGUUUUAAUACGCUAGAGAGCAGCACUUGAUCAUGUGAUUAAGGCUGAAAGUUUUUCUCGUAGUCACCUGUCAUUGAAAAUAUUCUGUAAUUUUUUUAAAUUCAACGAAAAGUGCUAUCGAAUUUGGGGAAAAAGAAAAACUAAGCUGAAACAAUGGCCCAGUUACGCAGUAUUGUUGGAAAAACAUUCUUCUGGCUUUUCGUUGCCACUUGCACCGUCUUGAUCUUCUAUCAUGUCUUCACUGGCAAGGGCGAACGUGUCAGCGUUGGCUGGUUCCUGUCCGUCUCCUCGCCCUAUAUGUGGGCCUGUUUGGGCAUUGGAUUGGCUGUAGCCUUAUCUGUGGUCGGUGCUGCUUUGGGUAUACACACGACUGGCACCAGCAUUGUGGGUGGUGGCGUUAAGGCUCCCCGCAUCAAAACAAAGAAUUUGAUUUCGGUUAUCUUCUGCGAAGCUGUGGCCAUUUAUGGCCUCAUCACUGCCAUUGUUUUGUCCGGUUUGUUGGAAGCAUUCAAGAUGGAAACUGCUAUGAACAAUCAAACCGUAAUGAAUAACAAUUGGACUGCUGGCUACGUUAUGUUCGGUGCUGGUUUGGCUGUCGGUUUGGUUAACUUGUUCUGUGGUAUUGCUGUAGGUGUUGUCGGUUCCGGCGCUGCCUUGGCUGAUGCCGCCAACUCGGCCCUGUUUGUGAAAAUUUUGAUUGUUGAAAUUUUCGGUUCCGCCAUUGGCCUGUUCGGUCUGAUUGUUGGUAUUUACAUGACCUCCAAAGUGAAGAUGGGUGACAAGGAGUAAAAAACUGUAAAAUUAUCCACCCAA